AUGUCUAAACUAUUACUGGACAGCCGACCAAAGGACUUCGAAGCAGACGCCGACGCCGACGACGAGACAAACGAAGCCUAUGACUCAUUUGAUAUAUUCAUAGGGUUUAAGGUCUCUCGCUCCUCUAUAGAUUCCUCUCGAAAGCCGGGAUCCCUGCUCAUUCGUGGACCAUACUCACGUGCUCAGAGUGUGGAAUCGACUGAUUCAUCUGUCACUACGGAUCUUUUCAUUACAACUAGCCAAGCAGCCUCUCCGGGAGCCUCGACAUCGUAUACGGAACUAACCGAGUGUCAGGAGACGCGACUCAGCCACCUCCUGGAUACCAAGCCUGCGACCAGCCCUGCACCUCCAGCUCCAAAUUUAGCAGAACAGAAUGUAUCUUCCUAUGUUCGGCCUCCAAAUGCCACACAGCAAGGAGCACUACCGUCUUUUGAUACAUUUCUACAAAGUGUUGGACAACUGCGCUCUUCAUCUACUCUACCUUUGAAGCAGGAGUCUGAUGCGGAUCACGUAUUGGCCAAGGCUGAUCUGGAUGGCCACGGGCUGGCACCCUCUGCAGCACCGUCACUGCUUGGGUCUACCUUGAGAAGCUCUGGACCUCUUCGAAUACAAAGGGCGGACUCACUCUCAGUAAAUACAAAGGAGCCAUUACGGAUACAACUUGCCUCUAUAACCCCUUCCUCAAUCGAUUCCUACCCCUUGCCGGUGGGAAUAUCCCCUAAAAUUUCCACCUGCCCCCCGACCCAGGAGACCGUUAAUCAAACCCCAAUUGAUGCUGCCUACUCGUACUCUUGUGUAGGUACAACAACAGCGCAGAGCCUCAAGACACCACCAGCCACACCCUCUCGAACAAAUAUAAUAUUGCCCACAGGCAAUGGAGACGAUCACGCACGGCCAGGCUUCAUGUCCACAUGGAACCCAGUGGGGUCUCCUUUACGGCCGCACUAUCUUGCCACGAGUCUCCCCAAAGAGUCGACACUGGCAGAGCACGAGCAUUAUCCCAAGAGACGGCGAACGAGCCAAGGACGUGCCCGCCAUUCAGCUCCUCGGCAGAAGCACACGUCAUCACUCUCACAAGAAUCAAUUCUCGAUAUGACGAGACAGCCUACCGCACGAACUGUUAAUGGCUCGCCAAGGUCUUCGCCAUUGGUCCCCCACUUGUCACUCGAAGCUGAAGAAGGGAGCAACAAGGUACCUCGCCUCUCACGAGCUCAUGAAUACAUUCGUGGCGCGAGUGCGCUCUCUGUAUCAUGGACUGGUGCCGAGUCACCACCCACGACACCGGACCACCUCUUGUUGGACCUUGGAGAAGAUUGGGAAUCCGACUCUCACGACGAGGUGGAGCUUGCUAGAUUGGACGAGAACUCGGGAAAGUAA